AUGGAGAAUUCUUAUUAUACUUUGACACCCUCCCAGCUCCAGAGCUUCCAGGAGAAUGGAUACCUGCUGGUUCGUGGCUUCUUUUCCGAAUCAGAGGCCAAGACACUUCAACAAUGGGCCCAAGAAGUCCAUGAUUUGCCCCGAACUCCAGAUGUCCCAUGGAUGCCUUACGAGGAGGUAAAUGGCAAGGGUGACCGUGUGUUGUGUCGCACAGAGAAUUUUGCAAACACCCAUGCAGGCUUCGACAGCUUCCUGCGCGGCGAACGGGCGAUCACCAUGUUGCAGCAGCUAGCAGGCGAAGAAAUGCUUCUUUUCAAGGAGAAGAUCAACUACAAGCUUGCUGGAAGUGGCGGCUUUGAUCCUCACAUUGACGCCAACGCCUAUACGCACGUCAAAAACAUCAAACAUCUGACCAUUCUGGCGGCUGUUGAUGAGAUGACAUCUGAAAAUGGAGGUCUGGAAGUUGUCAGUGGCAGCCACCAAAUGCAGAUCCCUCUCGGGAGCGAUCGCUGCAUUGAACCUGCGUGGGUGGACAGCCACCCCUGGGCUUCCUGUGACUUGCAGCCUGGUGACAUUCUGGUGUUCGGCUCCUACUUGGCCCACCGCAGUGGUGCCAACACCAGUACCAAGGACCGGCGGGCCAUCUACGCAACUUACAACUGUGCCGCCGAGGGGAACCUUCACGAUCAAUACUAUGCUGAUAGACGGAAUCUCUGGCCGGCAACACAUAUGCGGAAAGAGGGUAUGUCGUAUGAAGAGGGCCGCGCUCGCUAUGCUUUUGGAUCACCCAUGUUGACGGUGGAUUCAAACGCUGUCUCUGCAGCUUGA